AUGAUUCAGAAAAAUUAGAUUUAUAGAAACUUUUUAUGUCGAAAUUGGCGGAUUAGCAAUUAGAUUUAUUGCUUUCACAUUGUCAUUACUCUUUUUAGUGUCAUUUUAUUUGUAGUUUGCAAUUUAAUAUAUAUGUACAUUGUUACAGAAAAAUUAAUGGCUAUAACUUAAGAAAUAUUUGAUAAAGAAACCUAAAACCAAUUGAGUAUGUUGGGUUACUUAGAAAAAUCAUCGACUUUAGAUGUAUUUGAAGAUAGUAGAAGAUAGCUUUUAUCAAUUAAUUAGUUGUAUUAAAUGAUAGAUAGCAAUUUCUAUAUUAAAAUGCCUUAUGAUUGCUUAAAUAAUAAUUAAUAUAAUGAUUCGUAUGCAUACUUUUUUUCAUUUUGUUAUGCAUUUUGUAAUAAGACAAAUGGUUUAAAUAUAAGUAAAUAUGAGAAUAUAUUAAAAUUAACAUCCUUAUUAACUGAAACAUUAAGAAUUUAUGAUCUUUAAUUAUUAACCCUAAUGGCCCAUGUUGGAGAAGAGUAGUUUUUUACAUAAAAUAGAGGAUAUGCAUUAUAGAAUUAUUACCCUCACACUAGAUAAUGGUAUAGAGAUCAUAUUGCAUAGAUGGGAACAGGAAAAUAGAUAAUAGUUAGUGAUCCUUAUGUUUCAUGGAUUGAUAUAGUUUUCAUUUCAUAAACAACAAAUUUAUCUCGAAAUUAGUUCGAAGGAUUGAUAGGUUAAGAUUUGGAUUUUACAAGAAUGCCUAAAAUUUAAACUAAUACAUCUUAAUAUUAUUUGGUUGAUGCAAGUGGAAAUAUAGUAAUAAGUGAUCUUUAUGCUAAUGGUGUUAGUAUUUUAAUUAAAAUAUAUAAUUAAAGCUUAACAGGUUUUAAUGAAACUGAUUGGAAUAUCUUAAUUAAAUAGGAUUAAAAUAUCUUUUAUUUAUACAAUAGUGUCUAUUAAAAAAAUAUUAUAGUUUUAAGAACUAAAUUGUUAGAUUUAAACUAUUUUAUAUUUGUGGUUUAUGAUGGAACUUAAUAUUAGAAUUAGCAAUUAGAAAUUUAUAAUAAAUAGAUUUGGUUCUAAAAUUAUUCAAUUAAUUUAAGUUUAAAAUUAUUUGGAACUUUUUUUAUUUUUACAUUAUUGAUUUAGAUUGUGAUCAUUAAUUAUUUAAUGAAUGAUCUUAAAAAUUUAGAAAUGAUGGCUACUAAAAAAAUAGUAUAUUUUUCUAAAAGUACAGAGUAGUUCACUGAAAAAAGAUUUAGUUCAUCAAUAGUUAGAUUAUAUUAUGCAUACACAAACUUAAUAAAAAAUUUUGACUCGCUUGGUUAGAUACAUAAAAGUGAAUUAUGUUCCAAAAUACAAUCUAUAGAGUUUCCAUAAAAGUAUAGAAAAUUAAAAUGUUAAAUUUCUUCAGACAAAAUUCCAAGAAAAAAAAAAUAUAAUUUAACUUAAUUACUUCAAUACUUUAUGUAUUUUAAAAAUUAAACCAAUUUUUUAUAUUGA